UUCCAUCCGAUAAACAGUGAGCUGCGAAGUUAUGAUUAUAACAGCGCGAAUACGCCUCCAAAACCACCAUUCGCGCGCUGUUGAAGUGUUGGUGGCGAUUAUUCAAAAUACACUCUGUUGCCCACUAUUUUGAUGGUUUCGCUAUCUGUCUCUCAUUUUCACGUUCCUAUAGUCGCUAGCAUACAAACUACACAAAUUAAGUAGAUUGUAUUGGCUUUUCCUUCAACCUCAUCAGAAGAAAUAUUAUAGUUGGGAAACGGGAGAAGUGUCAAGUUGUAGUCUACCUCCAAGUGUUCUUAGAAUAUCGAGACAUUGCAUUCCGAGGCAUUCGAGUCAUCAUUAUCUAGUCUGUGACACCCACCUCCCUCCAAAAACAAACGACAUACCAUGACUGACUUCAGGCAAACAGCAACCGUCACACAGACGACGACCGUAACGCAACCGUACAUCCGCUACGAUCCGGAGUACGCCCGGUCGGUUCCCGGAAUCAUCAAAAUCGUCUGCAUGGUGCUGAAUCUGAUCGGAUUCAUAUGCAUCGAAGUGUCAUAUUUUAGUUAUCUUUCGCGAGGAACGUUCUUCAACACAGUAGCGAUGCUGGGAUUCUGGUUCAGCGGUAUCAUGCUUGUGUUUUAUCUGUUUCAUGUGUGCGAAAAGUUCCACAAAAUACCGUGGCUCAAGAUAGAGAUGUACUUCUGUGCAGCGUGGACGCUGCUUUAUAUGCUGGCCGCGUCGUUAGCAGCAGCGACCAAUGUCGAGGUGUAUCAUGCAGCGGCGUUUUUCGGAUUCUGUGCUAUGGUUGCAUACGGAUACGAUGCGUUUCUCAAGUACAAAGCUGUCAGCUCCGGGGAAAUUGCGCAGGGUUCACGCACCGUCCAACAACAGCAGCAACAACAAACCGUGUCCACCGUAACAACCUACUGAACCAUCCUUUUAGUAUUUAAACCCGCCUUCAAUAUUUAUAAUCCUACCUAAAUAAUUAAGAACGGACUGUUAUCACGCUAGUUUUUAACACCAAACUAAAGUCGCCCACAGAAAACUAUUACGAAAUGUGUUUGUAGUGAGCUAUCGAAAUUUGUUAUUGACAUGUUAUACUCGUUGCAUAUUUAACGAUGAAUCACUUAAUUAUGAUAUUCAGUUUCUUUGAAAACACCUCAAGGAAUCUCUUGGACAGCAGUUUGUUUCAUACUAAGAACAAUAUCUAGAAACGAAUUCUAUAGUGUUCAAUAUCUGUGUUAAAGAAUACCACAAAGCUGUACUAAGUACUAGAUUUCAUUAGCAGGAUUUCAAUACAAGAAUUUGCCUCCGAAUUCAGAUUGAACGAGCUCUGAAAGCGGAUAGUGUUGAACGCGUUGAAGUCUAAAAGAAGAGAAAUAAACUGAAGAGUCUUUUCAGAAAGAGAGACCAAAAAUGGAA